CAUAUCAAAGUAGGAGGAAAAUAUUGGCAAAGAACAGUAACGAUGGCUGCACAUUUUAAGCAUGUGCGAGUUUGCAUCAGAUAUCUCAAUCAAACCUCUCGAUUAUCCAGUCGAUGUUUACAUCAACAUGUAUUUACAAAGCAAUGCCUUCGAACAACAGGUUUUCAAAAUCGACAGUUUUUGGUUUCACGUGUUCAGAAUGCAGCCGUUAUAUGCAGUGUUGGCCCAAUCAGACAUGAAAGCAGUGCUCCAAAGGAAGGACUUGACCUGGCGCCACCAACAGACUACAUUCCCGAGCCGCCCCCACUCCCCGAGAUUCCCGAAAUUGUGCAGACCCUGAACGCGCUCGGGGAGCCCACUCUUCAGAGUGUAGGACUGGGCAAUUACUGGCCGUCCGGGUUGUUACAGCAAGCCUUGGAAUUUCUACACGUCAACAUGGACUUGCCUUGGUGGGGAGCCAUUAUCGCAGCAACCAUCACAUUGCGAAUUUUGAUGUUUCCACUGGUUAUAAAGUCUCAGAGAAAUGCUGCAAAUAUGGCAAACCACAUGCCAAUAAUAACUCGCAUGCAAGAGCGUUUUUCGCAAGCCAGAAUGAGUGGAGAUCACAUAGAAGCUGCCAGAACAGGAACAGAGUUGAUGACUUACAUGCAGAAAAAUGAUGUCAAAGUGAUGAGAAAUUUCCUUGUGCCAUUGGCUCAGCUUCCCGUGUUUCUUUCGGUGUUCGUUGGAGUGCGACAGAUGGCCAACCUCCCGGUGGAGAGCAUGAAAACCGGUGGCUUGUUCUGGUUCACCGACCUCACCAUCCCAGACCCGUUCUACGCACUGCCACUCAUGACCAUGUCUACCUUUCUCCUGACCAUCGAGAUUGGAGCGGAUGGUGUGAAGGCGGGUACGAUGGGCCACACGAUGAAGUGGGCUAUGAGGAUAAUGCCAGUCAUCAUGCUGCCCAUGAUUUCAAACUUCCCAGCUGCCAUGUUGGUGUACUGGCUGACGUCCAACACAUUCUCAUUGAUACAAGUGAUGUUUCUGAAAAUCCCUAAAAUCAGAGCUUACUUCAAAAUCCCUGUUCUCGUCAAACAUGACCAGUCGGCUCAGCCCAAGAAAAAGGGAUUCAUUAAGGGAUUUCAACAAGCGUGGGGCAAUGCUAAACUGGCAGGUCAGAUGGAAGACCGACAACGCGUGGAUGCACUGAGAUUUCGACAAGCGGGUCAGGGGCCGAUCAAAAAGACUUACUCAUACGACCCAACAAAAGUUCAGACAAUAAAACCGCUGGAUGUGAAACCUGCAAUGAAAGCUAAAGGCAAAUCGUGAAAGGAAGAAUUCUCGUUUGAUCUGUGAUUUUCUGUGUCAUUAGUCUACCCAGAUACUGGGUACUUGUCAUGACUGUCUCUGGCAUAUUGCCAGAACACCAGUACUAACAAACGGUGAUUAUUUAGUAAACUAUGGUGGUCUUGUUAAAGAAAAAAAAUACCCUCCUUUUGUUCAUAAUUACGAAAACAAUUGAACAUUGGAUUCACAUUUUAGGUAAUGUUGUUUAACUGGACGUGCACACAUUAAGAUACCAUAAAGAAAAGUCAGCUGUCAAUUUAAGAAUUGAAAGAGUUUAUCUUAAUAUUCGACAUAUUGAAGAUAAAUAAAUCUAACCAUGUAAUAUUGUUGUAAAUAUCUAUGUCAGGUUAAAACCAUUUAGUGGGAUAGUGUCGAAAUGGAGUAAGCUUGAAAAUGUAGAUCCAUUUGGUCCUCAUGCACCUGUACUAUAGUGCUACACCACAACAUUUCAAAUGUGCACAUAAAAUAUUGUGCCCUUUCAGAUGCGUAUUAUUAUGGAAAACAUUAUCUUCAUAUACCUUGCAUAUAUCGAAGUUGAUGGUUAAAUUUCAGACCUUUGUAAGUGUUGAUAUUAAAAAAAAAGUUUACAAUUUGGAUCCACUUACUCACUUUCAGUCUUUCUCCAUUACAUUAUUUGCUAGGUGUGAAGUUGAAUGAGAAUUGUUACAUAUUAUGUAAAAUACAUAUUAACUGUAUAUGUAAUUUAUUGUUGCUGUUUUUCGUUUUUAUAACUACAUGUAUGUAAUUACAGAUAUUUUGUGUGCAAUGCAGGAGAAAAAAAAAGAACACUGUAAAAUAAAAUGAAAUAGAUACAAACGUUUCCUUUAUGUUUAUUGGUAUGGAACACACAAGAGUAUUUUAUAAUUUUCCAAGAGUCAACAAAUGUGGGAUGGGAAUGGCAUAUUAGUGUGGCUAUCUCAAGAUCGUGGGUUGGAUCUGGUAGAGUCCGCAAAACACCAACCUGAUAUGCUAGCAUCAUAAAAUCAAAGGAUCCUUAGCCACUAAAAAAAAAUGUAGCAAUUUUCCUAAGACUAAGAGUAAAAAAUUACCAAACGUUUGUAUCCAGUAGUCUAUGAUUAACAAAUCAAGGAGGCGGGAUUUAGCUCAGUCA